AUGGUCGAGUCGGUUAAACUGAUGGUUGCAGAUGAGGCUCAACUUGUGGACAACCACUCAUCUAAGAGAAACAAUUUAAAAAUCAAACAACUGCUGCCUUGCUUAAUAAAAAUGUACGGAAAACUCCUUGUUGUGCUGGGUUUAAUUUCAGUAGUUUCAUCAACUGACUUAUCAGUAUGUUUACAAGAGCUGGCUGAAGAAUUGACCGAACACAAAGAACAAGGUUUUGUCUCCUUCGGAAACUCCAAUACCUAUCAGGUGAUUGGCAAUGAUCAUAAGCAAAGUGUUCAAGCUAUCAAGUUCGCCAAGCCUUACGGGACGCCACCGACUGUAGUGUUAUCAUUGGAAGCUAUAGAUACAAAUAAAGACGUAAACAUGAGGUAUUUUCUUCACAUGGGAGUGAUCACAACAACAAGUGCUCAAAUCAUUUUGGAGACAUGGGCAGAUUCAUUGAUCUACAGUGCCCAAGUGCGCUGGUAUGCAUUCGAUUAG